AUGGUUCCGUGGAAUUUACGUGUUAGUAUUAUUGAACCAGGAUUUAUGCGAACGCCUAUUAUUCAAGGAAGUCCGAAAUUAUUUGCCGAUUUUUGGGGUCAACUUUCAAAUAAUGUUAAAGAACGAUGGGGAGAAGAUUUUAUUAAAGCUAGAUUAAAUUCCAUUAAAGACAAUGCAUUCUUCAAACAUGCCGAAGAUCCUAUAAAAGUCGUUCGAGCUCUUCAACAUGCUGUUAUGAAUACAGUUCCUCAUAUUCGUUAUCGACCUGGUUGGCAAUCAAGUCUUGUUUUCUUUCCAAUAUCUAAUUUACCAGCUUGGAUGGUUGAUUGGUUUUUGAGUAAAUUAAAUAAAUCAUCUCAUGUUCCUGCAAGCGUUAACAAACAGCAUGAAGAUUAA